AAUAUUUUUUAUUUUUACAAAAAACAAAAAAACAAAAGUACCCGAAGAGUCAAAAAAAUUACUAUGUCUUAUUACUCUUCUUUAAUUUAUUAUUUAAUUCCUAUUACUUCCUUUAAUCCAAUUAUAAUUAAUCCCCAAAGAAUUUCAUUCAUUUAUAAAUUAAAAUUAAAAAUGUCUAGCGAUAGUCUUAAGACCAUAUAUAAUAUACUAUUGCUAAUUAAAGCUUAUUAUUUAUUGCUUAUUUUUCACUCUUUUAUAAAUUGCAAUAAAAUGAAUGUUAAAAGAUUCAAAUGUACGAGCAUUGAAUUGUAAGAUUCAAAUGUACGAACAUUGAAUCGUUUUUAUUUAAAACAAGCCAACAAGCCCAGUAGAACAACUUUCUUUUAAUAAUUCUCUUUUAAUGGGCUAGUUUCAUUUCACCGACAAUCAUUUCACUGAUAUCCUUCUUAAUUC